AUGCGCGACGGCGACGACAUAGCCGCCAAGAAGGCUGCACUCUCAAAGGCACUGUCGGCCGCAUACCUCGAGCACCAGAUUGCCGACCUCGAGUCCAAGGUCCAGUCCAUCGGCGUGAACGGUGGCAACAAUGCCGCUGCUGCCAGGCGCUCGUUCGAGGACAGGCCUGUUGAAAAGGACAAGCACAAGGACAAGCGCGGAGACCGCUACGACUACUACCAUGACGACGACGACGACGACGAGAAGCACCACGCGGACGGACGUGAAUGGCGUCAAGGUCCCAGCGACGACAAUGGCCGAGGCCACAGCCGAGGCAAACACGACCACGGCGACAGGCCCGACAAGGGGUUUGGCCGUGGCCACCACCACAAGCACCACGGGCACCACCACAGCAAGCACGGCCGCAUCGACGACUCGUCGGCGUCCUCGGACUCGGACUCGGAGGGCGAGUGGGAGUGGCGCGUGGCCGUGGUGGACGUGAGCGCGCUCAUGUGGGCACCACACAGUGUCCGCCGCCUCGUUCACAGGGGCUACGAAGUCAUUGUCCCCCUCGACGCUAUCCGUACCCUCGACAUGCUCAAGAAGGGGAACAGCCCCGUCGCGCAGGCGGCACGCGCUGCUGCGCGCUUUGCAGAGCACGCAUCGCGGCACUGGCGCCCCGUGUCGGCCGACCCCAGCAUCGCCGUCCAGGCUGGGACAGACUACAAGAAGGGCCGCGGGCUGCGUCUGCAGCGCGACGACGAGGCCUCGGCUCCUCCCGCGGCGGCCGGAGGCGACCCGCCCCCCAAGUGGGUCGCAUCAGUGCUGGGCUGUGCUGCAUUCUUCACCGCCAUCAGCCGGGCCGAGGAGGCCGCCCAGGGGUUGGGCGACGAGCCCCGCCCCGCAGUCCUGAUCGCCCACCCACCUCUUUCUGCAGAGGUCGGCCCCCCACCCGUCGACGAACGCCCCGACGCGCCGCCGGCCCAGGCUCAGCACUAUGCCGAACGUGCCGAGGGCUACACGCUCAGCCUCGAGGCAGGCCGCUUUGAGCUUGGUCUCGAGGUACUCCGCGAUGAGGAGGAGGCCGACUUUGACACCGCAGGCGCGACUCGCGGACGUGGGCGUGGAGGUCGCGGAGGACGAGGACGCCACGGCGGCGGUCACGGACAAGGAGGAGGUGGCCAUGGCCAUGGUCGCGGUGGUCGCGGCCGCGGCCGUAACGCCGAGCCCGAGCCUGAACCUGUCAAGAUCCUCCUCCGUCGCCCCGAGCCUGAGGCUGGCAACGAGGUCCCGCCCUCGCCUACGUUCGCCGUCAACCCGACCAUGACUGCCAAGUCCGAGCUCCGCAACGAGCGUGCAGAGUACCGCGAGCUCCGUGCUGAACAGCGCGAGCAGCGCGCUGAACAGCGUGCCGAACACCACGCUCAGCGUGCCGAGCUGCGCGCCGAGCAGCGUGAACAGCGUGCUGAGCGCGGGGAGCGUGGAGAACGUGGACGCGGAGCUGGUGGUGGCGGCGGACGCGGUCGUGGAGGCCGUGGUCGUGGUCGUGGAUCUACUCAAGAGCGCGACCGUGGCGGUGCGUUUACACUUCUUCAGCGCCCCGGUCCACCUCUCGCCCACCAUGUCCGCAACAUUGACCAAGCUGCUCCUGCUCCUCCAAGCGGCGGCGGUCGUAGCCCCGCUGCGCCCGAGUUCUUCCCGCGUGGCCCGCCGCCUCCCAGUCUUGGGCACUGGGCCGACGGACCGCACCACGGCCACCACGGCCGCGCCGAGCCUGACAUGCCGCCUCACUGGCGUCGUGCUUAUGCGAGCGCGGACGCGGACCCCGUCGAACCGCGCGUGGUCCUCCUCCAGCGCCCGCGUUAA